AUGCCAGGACGUAAAGCUUCCAAGCCGAAAAACAUCACUGCCAUUGAAACCAAUAACCGCCCUGAUGAAUGGCGAAUUGAACAGGGUAUGGCAGGCGCAAAGCUGCCAAUUAUUGACCAGACUCACAAACCCACAACCUUCAUACACCCUGUCGACCCCAGCCCGCCAGGUAUUAAGGAUGCUGAAGCCAUUGAAGCAGUUGGGGACCGUAAAAAGCUGUUUGCCCGUGAGAUAAAGGGCUGGGAAGGAUACGUUGAAUGGGAAAACUACCCCGAGAAGAAGGCCAAGGCCCAUAAGAUCCUCACUUCCCAGACUUUUCCGCCCAUCCCUGAUUACAUGACCGGUCCUAUCCCCGGUACAAAUCCAGUGCUACCGGGCGAAGACUUUAAGGCGUGGCAUCGUGCCAUUGGUGGAGAGCUGACCGACGUCCCUGACAGCUCGUGGGACACCGUUCUGAAGGAAAAGCACAAGGAUAUGUUACAUCUUCUACAGUUCCCAUACAAUGGUGAACCUCCAAAACGCUUGGUUACUGCCAAGUCCAUAACGCCCAAUCCGCUACACUUUGUGCGCAAUCACGGUGGCAUUCCACUGAUCGACAAAGAUAAGUGGUCUUUGACCUUGGAUGGCCUGGUUGCCAACCCCAAGAAAUACACGCUAGAUGAUAUCAUGGAUGAAUCCCGAUUCCCACAGAUUGAGGAAUAUGUCACUAUCCAGUGCUCCGGUACCCGUCGUAUCGAGCAAAUUGCUUUGUAUGGCGGUCAGGGAGACGAGGUGCCUCAAGCGCCAUGGGCCGAAGGUGCCAUUGGUACAGCCAAAUAUCGUGGAAUAAGUCUAAAGAAGCUUAUCAAGGACUGUGGCGGGCUUAUCAAUGGUGGCAAACACCUCGAGCUGUACGGCGCCGAAACAUACUUCAAGGACCUGAAUGCCAUGAACUAUCUGGUGAGUGUGCCGUGGUCCAAGGUCAAGGCAAACGAAGUUUUGCUUGCAUGGGAGAUGAAUGACGAGCCACUGCCCAAAAUUCAUGGCUUCCCUCUGCGCGUCGUUGUACUGGGAUAUAUCGGUGCGCGUAGUGUCAAGUGGCUCUAUCGCAUUAAGGCCAUUGAAAACCCGUCUAUUGCACCUGUUCAGAGCCGAGAGUACUUGUACUUCAACCAGCAGGUUGGUAAGCACAACCAACGUCCAACCGAUGGUAUUCAAAUCCAGGAGAUGCCUGUCAGCUCUGCCAUAAUGUCCCCAUGGUCCAAACACGUUAUUAUACAUAAUGGCAAGAUUAACUGUAAAGGCUGGGCAUAUUCAGGCGGUGGCCGCUGGCCCGAACGUGUCGAGCUUUCGGCCGACGGAGGCUUCUCGUGGUAUGAAGUGCCGCAGGAAAAUAUGUCCAAGAAGGGGCGUUGGACCUGGCGUACCUGGGAGAUAGACCUUCCCUGUGAUGUUGAGGGUUGGAUUGAGAUUGUCUGUCGAUGCUGGGAUAGCGCCCUUAACACGCAGCCGUUGACUGUGCGCUCUGCCUGGAACUGGGGUUUGCAUGUCACCCACUCUGCGCACCGCAUUAGCGUGUAUAGCAUCAACAAGACUAGACCUCGAACAAAGGAGCGUCUUGCGUUGCUAGAGAAGCUGAACAUUCCUUUGGCUCCAAUUACCCGCUACGAAGUCGUGCCCACUAUGACUGAUCAGGAGAUUGAGAAGUAUUGGGAAAAACAUGAGCCUCGUGAUGCUGACAAUUACUGA